UUUUUACAGACUAAAAAUCGAUCUUUGUAAGAAAAUAUCUUCUCUCGAUCCCGUUCACGUGUUUGUAUUCCAAUGGCGAGUAACGGAGUUAACGACACGGUUACGGUGGCGAACGGCCCAGGGAUUGAAAUCCCUAAGAAAAUCGUUGACCUCAACAUUGCGGAGACGGAUGAGAUUCUCGACGGAGAAGUCAAGGGACUAUCUGAUGUUUCUGGUGAAGCCGACACCAAGGCUAUUGGAUCGACGACUGCGGCGGCUGGGGAUGAUGUAUCUCCUCCGGCGGAUGAUGAUGUUCAGAAGAAGAUUCGACGUGCUGAGAGGUUUGGUGUUUCGGUUAAGCUAACCGAAGAGGAGAAGCGCAAUUCUCGUGCUGAGAGGUUCGGUACUGUAGCAGCAGCGGUGAAGGACUCACAGGGAACGAAGAAAGCAGAGGAGGACUUGAAGAAGCGAAAGGCUAGAGCUGACAGAUUUGGUGUUCCUCCAUCAUCAACCACUACUAAAGUUGAUAAGACUGAGGAAGAGGCGAAGAAGAAAGCUAGGCUCGCUCGUUUUGGGAAGGAUACUACUAAAGUUGAUUCUGCUGAGGAAGACAAACGCAAAGCUAGAGCGCUCAGGUUUUCGAAACCUGCUUCUGAGUCAUCUUCAGAGUUACCUGGCAAGGAGGCACUUGUUUCAGGAAACGCUGCCUAACGUUCUUGAAUAAAGUUUCUUCUUUUAGUUAGGUAGUUUGCUAAGCGUUAUGUAAUUCCCUCUCUGGCUGCUUGAUUGAUUCUCCCUUUAUUUCUGCAAUUAGAAGUCCGUCCCCGUGUGUAGUAUCUUAAUUAAAGUCGCAAGUUUGGUCGUGGUGGAACAAUGAUUCUCUCAGAUGGUUGGAAGCUAAGCAAGUUGUCACCGGAUGAGACCAUGAGAAAUCAACAAGUAACCUGUAGUUCUGAUUGUCUUAAAAAGGCAAUUAUCAAUGUGUUAGGACUUAGGUCCUAGGAAUUCUGAAGUGGUUGGUGUUGACUUUUUUUCCAUGUUGCAGGUGCUUGAAGUGGUAAGUGUAGAUUAAACUCAUGUUCGUACCAAGCUUGUUAGAAAUUACUAGUGUUGAUUGUUUUUGAGUUGUUGUGCCAAUGCGCUUUUCUUGAAAACCAAGCUUAAGUUGCUAGCUUAUCUAUCAAAGUAAGUGCUGGUCGUGUGUGCUUGAUUGCGAAUAUCGCGUGCAAAAUAGAUCCCAUUACCUUAUGUUCGUUGUUGGUUUUGCUUAUUAAUAUAUAUAAUAUAACCUGUCAAGCCACUACUUCAGAGUUCCUUUGUCAUGUAAGACAUAUCAUUAGAACACUAGAGGGUACUUGUUGGUUUCCAUAUCUCUGGUCUCUGUGGCAGUUGAAGAGAAGAGAGCCUCCUCAGACGCUGACUUUUUGUUUGGAUUCGGACUUAACUGGCUUUCUGAUGCUACACAAUUUCUCAUGUGUCUGUAAUAGAUUUUAGAUAAAACUUUGUUCAUACAUUUUGAAUCAAGCAGCCAGAUAUACUUUUAUGAAAGGGAAUGUAAUGUUUAGUUUUGCUUCUUA